CCCGGAAGCAGUUGUGAAUCCACAUCCGGUUCAGAUCCGUGUUUACUUCGCAUGCUGUCUGUCUGACCUGGGACUUUGUGGAUUAGUAAUGAAUCAAAAGCGUUAACGUUUACUUUGAUUAGACUUUUUGUGCCAGUUAACGGAGGAGGUUUUCUUCCUCACGGUGGAACUUCAACGGAAACACAGAGACGAUGUCUGCACCUCUGGAUGCUAAUGCUAAUGCUAACGUGGAUCAGAAGGUCCAGCAGUAUGAAAACUUCAUCCAUGAAGUUCUGAAGAGAGACUUACAGAAGGUGUUGGAGCAGAGGGACUCAGUUUACGAGAAGAUCUCUCAGUAUCUGCAGCUGAAGAACACCAUACAGAGUCUGCAGGACUCAGGUUGUCAGAAGCUGAAGACAGAUAUUGAUCUCGGCUGUAACUUCUUCGUCCAGGCUGAAGUCGAGGACUCGUCUAAGAUUUUCGUGGCGGUCGGUUUCGGCUUCUUUUUAGAGAUGACCCACGAUGAAGCUCUGAAGUUCAUCGAGAAGAAGACGAGUCAGCUCACAGCCUUCACAGACCAGCAGACCAAAGACUCGGCUAAGAUUAAAGCCAACAUCCGCAUGGUGCUGGAGGGUCUCAGGGAGCUGCAGGGUCUGUCAGACAUACCAGAGGACACAAGGAGAGAAAUUCAUUAGACUUAUCUGAUGUGCAACAACCGGCAGACUUUCAGAUAAAUACACAACAAUAAUAUAACGUGGUUUCUGCUGUAACACAGACAAACAUCCGAGGACGAGAAAUAAACCUCCACUUUAAUUUAGCUCUUUGUCCAGGGCAAUACAACCAUGGUGAAAUGUUAUUAUGGUAUGUUGUACCGUAAUAAACAUGGACACUCACCGGAGAGGAGGCAAAGAUCCUGCAGGAAGGGAAUCAAAGUAAGAAAUCUCAAUCCUCUUUUGAAACUCAGAGAAAUGUGAAGACAGAGCAGAUUGAUGUCAAUCAGUGUGAAUUAUACUUAUCGAGGAUUUCCUUAUUCCUGAAUAGAUGUCUAUAAAUCUACUCUUUUAAGAUGCUGCAGGACUUCCCAGAGAAUGAGCACUUUUAGGUUUUCCUUCAGUAUCAAAGUGAUGUUAUUUGUACAUGUAUAGGUGCACGUAGAACAGGAGUUGCCUAAAGAGCUUCAUCAUACUAACAGUGGAGACACUUUGACUCAAUGUGAAAAAUAUAGUCUAAUAAACAUGUCAAUUUUCA